UCAGAUUUACCCAAAGAACCUUGUUUGCCUAUGUUCUUAGACCAACGUGGCUGCAACCAACACCCUCAAAUCAAAGAGGAAGUUGGAGAGCAUGGACUCAGUUUCUAGAACAUGAGUUAGUCUUUCUUUCUUGUUCUUUUCCUUAUUCACAACACUGCAGUAUGGGAGUUUGCUGCUGCUUUUCUAGGGGGGAAGUGGAAUGACCUAGUUGAUAAAAUAAGCACAAACAAUUCUAAAUCUUAUAAAGAAAUCAGUUGUUGAGAGAAUCUACAAAAGUUUGCUCUGAAAAAGAUAAUAUUGUGCCAUGGCUCAAUAUGCUGCAAAUUAAGAUAAAAUGAUCUGCAUAAUCUACACAUUUUUAUUUAAUACCCUGUUGGAUAUUCUUGAACAAAAUCUUUCUUAUUUUGAACUUUGCUGGUUGGGGCAACCUUCUAGACUUUUUUUUUUAUCCUAUGAGUCUAGGAUAUGGUACAGAAGGUGCGCACAGUUGCUACUGUUCUCUCAAGAGCAGUUAAAAACACACAUUCAAUAUCAGUAGAAAAGUAUGAGGCACUGCUGUAAAUCAGCACAACAUUUCAAUUCACAGUAGUUUUUAAUAAUUGUGUGACUUCCCAAUUUUAGUGUUUGACCUGGAAAAAGGAAAAGGUUGUUUGUUUGUUUUUUGGGGUGGGGGGAGUUGUGUGUUUUUUGUUUGUCUUUUAAUCCAUCUGUCUAAUGCAGGGGGAUGGCUUGAGGAUUUCACUGUAGCACUGUCAUAAACUGUCUGAAGCUUGAUAUCCAGGUUAAAUGCACAGGAAUGGUAUAACCAAUCCUAGUGAGUGGUGAUUCCUAAAUGAACACCAAAAGGAAAGAAGUAGUAAUAGAAAUCAACUGAGGUGAUGCAGUAUAAUGGGCAACUGUAUCGGGUGGCUUAAUCUUGUAGCCCAAAGAAGAACUUUUUUCUUUUCCUGUAGUCUGCACAUGCAGUCGCUGGGGCUCCUUAGAGGCCAGCAAUACUAUACCCUUUUAUCCAUGACUAACUGAAUAUAAUGACCCCAAAACACCCCGAACAUCUCUUGCUGUUGCUUGUGGUUUUUGUGGGCUUGGAAAUACAAAACUGUUGCUGCAUUCUCACUGCUGUUUCAUUCUGAACCUUUCUUAAAGCAGUUGCAAAUACUCCUGGACAACUUAUGAUUGGUAUGUCCUGUUUCAUUGUUACUGGCAAAACUAUCUUCCUUUUUGUGAGUAAGUGGGUGGGACUGGAAAAGCAGCUACUAGCAUAAGCAAAUACUUCCAUAUUCAGCUGUGAUCGCCAUGGAUGUAUUUAAUGGAUAUUUACAGCAUUCCUAAACCUAAAUAUGUAUGCGUUUGAACAUGCACCGAGUUAGGCAUUCUAUAAGGUUACUACCCAGAGCUGCCUAGUGAGAUGUGCAUGUUAAUGUAAUUUCACUUCUAAAUGUAUGAAUUACUUGUCUUGUUCAUGUCAAUACAGCCUCAGUCCAUGGUGCAUCCACGUGGGGGAACACCAACGUUCCCAGAUUCACAGAUAUUUUUCCCUACUGUUCAUGAACGGCCAGUGUCUUUCUCGCCACCACCUGUUUGCCCGCCAAAGGUGGCAGUUGCUCAGCGGCGCAAGAGCACUUCUUUUUUGGAAGCCCAAACCUGCCACUUCCAGCCCUUGCUGAAGACUGGCCAAAAUUUAGCUCCACCAGGUGGUAGUCCAACAAAUUGGACCUCAGAGGCAGUAGUUAUGCUGGGCACACCUCAUAGGGUCACUGGAGAGCCACUGCAUGUACAAGUCAAUCCAGUGUUUGAGCCUGCUCCAGUGUAUAGUGACUGCAGAUCUGGUCCAGCACCUCCUGAGGAUGCUCACUAUAGAAUGCAUCCAGAAGCAGUGUAUUUAGUGGGCAUGCACUAUCCACCGCAGUUGCAGGAGCACUAUGAUACAAUGGCGUAUAAUUCCCAGGGGACUGAACAGCAUUUGAAACAGGUGCCUGAACAGAAGCAUGUGCAAGGUGGCCUUCCCCAGAGCCCUGCUUUUGACUACCAAUCUGGGCAGACAUUCCUGGCAAGACCCCUUCAGACCCUAAGACUGGAUUCUGGGAUGGGCCCUCUUUCACCAUUAUCGAGUGCUUCAGCUCCAUUAAGUGCGGAUUCCACACAGAUGAAGUUCCACCAGGUAUUUGUUCCACAUUCUGCACCUGCUGUGCUAACCCACAGUGGUGACGGGAGAGCAAGCUGUGUCUUUGAGUUCCAUGUGCACACGCCAAGUUCUGCUCCAGGAGAAGGGGGAGUCUUACCCCACCGUGUCUACAGGAGCCGUUGUGGCUCCAUGGAUUUUAAUCAGGAGGAGUCCACUCAAAGCAUAGGGCUGCAUGGUCGUCUUCAGCCUGUGACAGAGGAGCAGUGUAACUACCUUGGUCCUGAGCUAACAGUGCCUAGAGGAGGAUCUUUCAGAUGGAGCUGGCCAGAAGGAAGCCCAGAAUACUCGAGUGACUCAUCACAGCUGACUUCAUCAGAUAUUGGCGAUUUCCAGUCUCCUCCUCCUGCAGGGCAGUCUUCUACAGCUUUUGCUUCAGACUUCUCAUUCCCCAUUGUUCAGCUGCCUCAGAAGGUAUUGCAAGAGUCGCAGCUCUUCAUCUGCUUCCCACAGGGAGCCUCAGCUCAGCAAGCCUUGUCCACCUUGCUUUCAUCAGGACCAUCUGCACUCUAUCCUCAGGUUAUAGGAGCAAGCCCUUCCAGAAUUUCUCUGCUUUUUUAAGUCAUCCUUUACACUAAGGAGAAGGGUUUUUUUUCCUUUCCCCUGCAUUUCCCUCACCCUUGUUGUCCUGUCCUAUCCCGUCC